AUGCUCUUACUUUCAGAAGAAUACAAGAUCAAUAUAGGUGUUGAUAACAAAAUCACAUUGACAAGCAGUAACGAAGGUAAUAAUCAAAAUCAAGCAGUCAACAUUGUUGAUGAUAAGGGAAACUUUUUACUAGAAUGUAAUCGAGUGAAAGGAACAUGUUUUAGAAGUAUUUUGAAUGUUUACAGCCAAUCAGGAUUUAAGCUUGGAUAUGUAAGGAAAAGGCUGUGUAAAUGCAAAACGGAGUAUGAGAUAUGCACAGCAAAUCAGAAUUUACUAUUUUUGCUAAAUUUUGACUCCAACACAUCUGAGUUUGUGAUGAAUAUAACAAACUUUGAUGGGCAACAUGUAAUAGCAACUGUUGAGCUAUUGACGAGACGUUAUGAUGAAAUUGCUUUCACUCUUACUUAUGAUUUGUGCAAGUUUUCAUCAAAAUCUGAGACUAUCCUGUUUGGGCCACUGCCUGAUCCUUAG